CAUGCCAGAAUCACUGUUAUACUGUUCCCUGCACGAUCCAGUCAGCCCCUGCCCAGCUGGUUAUGUAACAAACAAGUCAGUAUCUGUGUGGGGUGUUGGAGGACGAGUAGAAAUGACCGUUUCCAAGUUCAUGGCAAUUCAGCAGGCCCUUCAGCCAGACUGGUUCCAGUGCCUCUCAGAUGGAGAGGCAUUUUGUGAGGAAGCAACUUCCAUGAAAAGGGCCAGGAAGGCUGUAGACCGAUCACUUCUAUUCUUGGACAACUGUCUGCAGCUACAGGAAGAGUCAGAGAUCCUUCAGAAAAGCAUGAUCAUUGGAGUAAUUGAAGGUGGAAAUGUGAUAGAAGAGAGGCUGAGAUCAGCACGAGAGACAGCCAAGCGGCCUGUGGGAGGCUUCCUUCUGGAUGGCUUUCAAGGAAAUCUAACAACUCUGGAAACCAGACUGCACUUGCUAUCAUCAGUCACUGCAGAGCUGCCAGAGGACAAACCAAGGCUCAUUUGUGGUGUUAGCCGGCCAGAUGAGGUGCUGGAGUGUAUUGAGAGAGGAGUGGACUUAUUUGAGAGUUUUUUUCCUUAUCAAGUGACAGAGCGGGGAUGUGCCCUGACUUUCAGCUUUGAUUACCAGCCGAAUCCUGAAGAGAUGUUAUUACAAAAAAAUGGGAUACAAGAAGAAAUUAAAUGCGUGGAUCAAAUAAAGAAAAUUAAAACAACUGGUUGUAACCAAGAAAUGACAUCAUUUGAAAUUAAUCUGAAGGAAAAAAAGUACCAGGAGGACUUUAACCCACUUGUGAGAGGGUGUUCCUGUUACUGCUGUAAGAAUCAUACCCGUGCAUAUAUUCACCAUUUGCUGGUAACCAAUGAGCUCCUGGCUGGGGUCCUGCUUAUGAUGCACAACUUUGAACACUAUUUUGGAUUUUUCUGUUCCAUCCGGGAAGCUCUAAAAAGUGACAGAUUGGCACAGUUGAAAGAGCUCAUCUGCAGACAAGCAUCUUGAAAACAGGCAAUACAAGUCUGACUCUUCACUUGUGUUAUAACAUAGGAAGAAGCAAAGAAGAAAUGGUCUUAGUUGUAAAAAUUUAUAUUUAGGAUUAAGAUCUUCCAGAAUAAAGAACAUUUGCCCAAAAUUGCCUACAUGAGGGUGAAGAGAUAUCUUCUAAAGACUUGAAUGGCCUAGAUUGAUCAGAAAGGAUUGAUCUGUGACCUUAACAUUCCUAGACUAACUCUCCUAAUCAGUAAAGAUUCACUUAGUCAAAGACAAAAGUUUUAGAGGUGAGGAGACACCCUUGAAGGGGGUGAUGAGAUUCUAGGGACCACUGAGCUGGAUUGGGACCCAAGGGCAGAUGACUGGGUCUACUGACUGGAGAGGGAAUCUCGCUGACUUGACAGUUUUAUUUUGAUCUUCAUGCUCUUGGGAGGCUCUUGUGGACACUGUUACCUUCCAUGCUGCCCUGGAGUGCAUCACUCAAAAAGGGCUCUUGUGACAACCACGCUUGCCUCUCACUGGAAUAUGGGGCUCAAACAGUUCUCCUGUGAUCAGAAGGCCAUGUCGCACGCCUUCAUUUGGCUACUUGAUCUAUUUGUGACUUGUCUUCCUAGAGCCAAUGAACUUAACUGUUAGGAACCAGAAGUUUGCCUUACUGCUCUUGUCUGGUCAUUCAGAUUAAUGUGAACUGCCUUCCAGGCUCAUAAAUAGUCUAACCACAUAAUGACUGUAGCCCUCUGACCUGUGGAUUCGUUUGCAGUGUGUUCACACUCCUACCCCUGGCUGACAGUUAGAUGAUUUUUUUUUUUUUUAAUCCUAUUCAAUUGUGAUGCCUCGGCAAAUCAUGUAAUUUCUCCAUGUCUAUUACCUCACGAAUAAAUGGAGAUAGGCAUUGUGGAUCAGACUAAAGGGACUUCUAAGAUUCUGCCAGCUUUAAAAUUUGAGAAACAAAAAGGUUUAGAUUAGAGUCCUAGCCUUACUUAUCAUCAUUGUUGAUUAAUUGCUGUUGGCCUGGUUUUUAACAACAACAGGAAAAAGUGCAGGAGUACUGGGUAACAGUAGAGAUAUCUGAGACCUUAAAAAGAAAUUUAGCCUGUGGAUUUUGAGUGGUUGAAUUGGUAUCAGAAGACCCUGAAGCUGGAGGUCCUUCCUAGGUCCUCCCUGAUUUCUGUGGUCUUUGUUCUAACAUUUUUGUUGAUGGUAUGACAUGGAAUUUUAAUUUUGUGUUUUUCUGUACUUGUCAGUUUUUUAUAAAGAAUAUACA